UGUCAAAUUGCUCAAGGCCUUCUAGUGAGGUAUAGAAAUCGUGUCAUACGGUGGGCAUAAUGGUUCAAGUGUUGCCCCUUGUCAUUAUUCACACUUAAACAAUAUCCUGGUCAUGAUACAAGAUUUACAAUGUCUAUUGUUUCACAUCCCUUGACGAACAAUUUUCAGAGCUUAGCCAGAACAAAGACAAAGGAAUGCCGCAACUCGUCGCCAACUUCUAAAAACGUAUAUAACAGGGCCACCCUCCUAACAAGCAGCUACCCACUAGAAUCACGUAAAGGUUAAAACUCUUGACAGAGGAAUAUUCAGACCUUUCCGCCUUUCUCAAGUUCGCCCAAGACAAGACGGAACAGUCCUUCACUAAAAUGGGUGACGACGAGCCCAAGAUCAUCACUGAUUUAGACUACUGGCCCGAUCUGGCAAAAUACCUAACAGCCUGGCAACCAGCCGCGCAACCAGAGACGCAAUCCGAAGAAUUACCCCAGAUCCAUCUGAGCAUCACCUGUGGUAUAUGCCACCUAAACUACUUGCGCCUGCCGUCCUGGGUGAGGGACAGCAACCUCGCCGCGAAGGAAACCCGCACGGAGCCCCUGUGUGUCGUGCCGGGGUGCGGGCACGUCGUUGGCUAUGUCUGCAUGGAGAACUGGCUGGCUAAGUGCGAGGAGGCGUAUAACCCGCCCUCCUGCCCCUUUUGUAGGUUCGUAUUGCGCUAUAAUACCUGUGGGCACGACAUUCCCCUGAGGCCGGUGGCUGACCUGGCGCCAGGGCAGCGCAUAGAGCACCAGGUGCCAGGCACGCCCGUCUGCUCGCCUGUAGCAGUGCUCGAGCACUGGGAGAACUUCGACGACAUCAAGCUCGAGUGCAUGUACUGGAAAUUGAGCCCCGCGCAGCGAAGCUAA